UUUAUGACUUUUAUUUCUCGGGGAAUUUUGCGUAAAUCUAUUUUACGGAUGCGACUGUACAAUUUCGAAGCAAGGUCUUACAGUUUAGAAAGUUUGGCGUGUUUGCACUGAACUUUGGGUUUUUGGAUUAAAAGCAUUGCACAGAUCUGCUGGGAAAAAUGGAGGGUAUGUUUUAUGAUGUACUGGAUCCCACUCCGUCUCAGCAUGCUGAACCUGAAACGAGCGCAUACGAGAGUCUGAAGUUCAGCCUGGAUUUGAACCUGCACGAACCCAAGCCUCAGACGCGCGGCACCCUCACAUCACCGGAUCUUCACCUCCUCAAGCUUUCCUCUCCAGAGCUGGAGCAUCUGAUCCUUCAGUCCUGCAGCGGUCUGAGCUCCAGCACUCCCAUCUCCACUUCCGCACGCUUCCUCGCUUCGAAACACAUCACCGAUGAGCAGCAGGGGUUCGCCGACGGAUUCGUCCGAGCGCUGGAAGACCUGCACCGCCAGCAGCACACGCCCGGGAUGCCCGGUGCCGAUGCGCCACCCGCGGGAACAGGAGCGCCUCACACCUGCCCCGCCUUCGAGCCUCCACACGCGCAUGACGAGCACCAGGUCUGGGACGGGUACCCCGACGCGCCCGUAUGCACCCCGGUGCAAAACCCCGGAGCCGGCGAGUUUCACUGCGGACCCGGUCUGAAGGACGAGCCGCACAGAGUGCCCGACACUCCCCCUCUGUCUCCUAUAGACAUGGAGGAUCAGGAGAGGAUCAAAGCCGAGAGGAAGCGUCUCAGGAACCGUGUAGCGGCAUCGAAGUGCAGGAAGCGGAAGCUGGAGAGGUUGGCUCGGCUGGAGCAGAGGGUGAACCGGUUAAGCGGCGAGAACGGAGAACUGCGCACCGCCGCCCAGGCGCUCCGAGACCAAGUACUGCAGCUCCGCCACCAACUGCUGGAUCACAUCAAGAGCGGCUGCAAACAGCUCAGCCAGCAGUUUCAAACCAUCACUGACUGUUAAUCACACUUUACUCUGUUCAUUCAUUUAUACAGUGUGCCUUUAAAACUCGUUAUAGGUCAUUAAAGAAGCACCGUUUACAAUUAAGGGAAUCGCCUCAAAACAUGGACAUGUACAUUCAGGUUCCCUUGUUUCUGAGAAUGCUGAUCAAGUGAUCAGAACAUGAUUAGUAAAGCAGUUUUCCACAAUAGUUAUUGCACUUUUAUUCCAAUAUUUUUAAGAGAUUUCCUUUAGACAUUUUACAUCUGUGGCUGGGGCUGGUUGAGACACCUUUUUUCAUUCAUCUGUUGAGUAUUUGCACUAAUAUUUCUAAAACAUGUACAACUAUUAGUUGAGAAAUGUUCUUCUGAACAGAUUGAUAAUUCUCUUCCAAGUUUUGGCACAUUCCCUAUGUUUUUUUUUUGUGGAUCCUUGUUUUAAACCCAAUCAUGAUUCCCUCACCCGUUAACCAAUAUAGCUGCUUACUGUGAAAUGUUUCAUAACAGGUAACUUCAAUAUUGUAAAAAUGUACUCUCAUUUAGCCUGUCUGAACUUUAAGUGUUGCAAGCAUCACAUUCUAAACUUGUUAUUAUUUACAAAAUACAAUCAAGGUGGUCGGCCAACUCUAAAGGAAUUUGUUUGUACUUCUGUCAGUUAAAUAAAGAUCUAAGAGA